GCCCUUGAACCAUCUCAUCCUCACAUCACUCUAACCCUAAUACAACAUGUGUUAUUUGAGAAUGAAAACGAUGGCUAUUUAUAAACCACAAUUGGGUGAAAAAGUUUAAAUUUGAAAGAAAAUAUUGAGUUCCUUUGUUGAAAAUUCGUCUUAAACCGGAAGCUACGACCCGGUUUCCACCGAAUCGAUAUUAGUUUGAUUUUUCUGCCUCCCUCUCCAUCGCUGUGCUGCCACUUGCUGAACACGCCACCGCUGUGAACUCCCUGCCAGCUUGACGUCACCUCCCUCUUUCUCUGAAGCCAUGAAUUGUGUUCAACGCAAGAUUUAUCUUUACAACGUCACCUUCGGUCUCUACAUGCUCGAUUGGUGGGAGCGCUAUCUUUUCAAUACACUUGUUCUUGUGCUGAUGUGGUUUAUCUUCUACAACACUUCGAGAUACGUAACUGAUUUCUGCAAAAGGCACUGCAAAGUCCCCUUGAACGACCAACAUGCUUUAUUAUAUGGGAAACUCAGUAAUGCACCUGCAUUGACGUAUAGCUUCUGUCAUCGGAUACUAGUGUGCAUUACCAUCUGAGUCGUGUUUUAGCAGCAGACAACUGAAAAUGUGCUCAAGCAAUUCAAAUGUAUCUACUUUCUCAUUUCCAGACUUCAAAAGAUCAACUCGUCUUAUGUCCUCUUGAUCCCACUCAAGAAAUUAUGCAUUUGUGAUGAUGUAAAAGGUCAGAUUCACUGAUUCUGCUUGGCCAUUUUAAGUUUCAGCCUCUCUAUUUGAAUGAACUUUAAAGCUAAAGGUUUUGUCAGUCACUGAAUCUUAUUUUUAAUUAGUUCAGAUUGUAUCAACGAUUAUUUCAUACUUCAUUAUCGUAAACAAUUCUUAGGUUGUUACUAUUGCAGCACAGAAGUUGUUAAAUGAUUAUAAAUGCAUUUUACUUGUGCCUGGA